AUGUCAACACAUCUGCUAGAUCCACCUUCAAACUCAAACUACAAUUCCAAUGUCCCAUCAUCAACGCCCUCUCCCAACCCCUUCAUCCGCGGCAGCGCCGCUCCACACGAUGCCGCCGGCGAAUCCCAUUCUCACCACCGGAGAGCGCACUCCGAGAGCAACUUCCGCCUUCCCGACGAAAUGAUGGACCUAUCUCCAUCAAAUCCGUUGAACGGAGGAGGCUCCUCGACGGCUAGCCUGGAGGAGAUCGGAUCGGAAGACGAUCUGUUCUUCACCUACAUUGACGUGGAGAAGCUCGGAGGAUGUAGUAACGGUUCGAAUUGUGGAGGGAAUGGAUCGGAUCAAAGCGGUUACGGUAACGGAGCGGGGACUAGCGGUCAAAACGAUGGGGAGAAGAGUCUGAAUGAAGCUACUACGCCGAGAACGAGGCAUAGGCAUAGUUGCUCCGUUGACGGUACAACAUCGACGAGUAUGUUGGGAGAGAUCAUGGAUGCUAAGAAAGCUAUGCCUCCGGAUAAACUCGCCGAGCUUUGGACUCAUGAUCCAAAGCGUGCCAAGAGAAUACUUGCAAAUAGACAAUCUGCUGCACGUUCUAAAGAGAGAAAGGCCCGUUAUAUACAAGAGCUUGAGCGCAAGGUUCAGACCCUUCAAACAGAGGCCACAACUCUCUCUGCUCAAUUGACAUUAUAUCAGAGGGACACAAGUGGUCUGAGUACUGAAAAUACCGACCUCAAGCUUCGUCUGCAAGCCAUGGAACAACAGGCACACCUUCGAGAUGCUCUUAAUGACGCGUUGAUGAAGGAAGUUGAGAGGCUUAAGAUUGCUACCGGAGAGGCAAUGAACCCCUCAGAAUCUUAUAAUCUUGGAAUGCACCCGAUGCAGUUCGCAGGGUCAAAUUUCUUUUCAAUGCCACAACAACAUUCUGGUCCUUCUGGUCACCAGAACAUACAAUUUCCUCAAUUCGGUCACUCCCCAUCUAACAUGCCAACUCAUCAGAUGCAACAAACCAGUUCUCACCAAAUCUCAGAGAUGUUGCAAAGCGAUCACCUCGGUCAUUUUAAGGGACUUGACAUCAGUAGCCAAGGAUCCGCCCUGGUGAAGUCCGAAGGUCCCUCAAUAUCUGCAAGUGAGAGUAGCACUACAUUUUGA